ACAGAGAAUGAUAAUUAGUUAUAUGUGUGCAAAGGGGCAAGGGAAGCUAGCAAGCAGAGGGGGGUUUUCUUAUGCACCGUGAUCCCAAAGGUCUCCUCCAUAUCAACAUCCCCAACUACGGCCGGCAGCCGCCAGUCAAACCGGUACAGAAGAUUCGCAAGCGCCAGCUCCACCAGCGGAACCGCAAAGUUUAUGCCGGGACAGCCCCUCCGUCCCACUCCUGCACGCACCUCUCCGACUCCGCGUCGAGCGCGCUCGUCGCCUCGUCCAGCAGCACCACCUCCCCCCUCCUCAGGAGGGCCCGCGCUAUGGCGAUCCUCUGCUUCUGCCCUCCGGACAGCUGGGCCCCUCUCUCCCCGACGAACGUCUGGUACCCGUCCGUCAGGGCCGAUAUGAAUCCGUGGGCGUUUGCUGACGUGGCGGCCUCGACGACCUCGGACUCGGACGUGCCCGGACGUCGGGUCGUAGAACCGCUCCGUGAGCGCGAUCACGGAGCUCUUCCCGCACCCGCUGGGGCCCACGAGGGCGAGGGUCUUGCCGGGGCGGGCGCGGAGGCUCAAGUCCUUGAAGAUCAAGACGUCGGGACGGGAAGGGUACGAGAAGUCGACGUGCUUGAACUCGACCUCGCCGCGGAGCUUGUCGGCGGCGGGGACGGAGUUGGCGUCGUCGGGGUCGAUUUCCGUUUUCCGGUCAACUAAAAUACACACAAGAUUAGGAACAUUAUUUUGAUCGACACGAUAAAAACACUAUGAUUUA